AUGCGCCGUUCAGCCCGGCCCACCGCUGUCUCACUUCGACCCCUGCUCUUCGACAUGGGCUGUCUCCCACACCUUCAUGCACUCACACAAAUUAUGAUUUUUUGUCUGGCCUUACCUCUCGCAACAGCCGGCUACUCAGUUCAACUGAGAAUGGACAGAGCGGUAAACGCUUCGACGAAUUUGGCACCGGCUCGCGAAUCUCGCACCAAACAGGUGUUCGAGUUGCUAAACGUUGCCACAGGAUGGAAUCUGUCCAUCGCCUUGUGGUCCCCGUGGCCAAUAUGCCCUCAUCUGUUGCAAACUCAGACCUUGAGAGGCCAACCUCGUCGACUUAUUUGA